UCUUCUCGCAAUAGCCUCUUCUCCUUGAUUUUGCUUUUUAUCUGUAUUUUGGACGCAACAUCGCCGCCAUGGCCUUCACAUCGCUUGCCGGGCUAGUCAUAACAACGGCUAUCGCAGUCCUUAGUAGCGGUGUCGGUGCGUCGGCGGUUGGUAGUCUGACUACUGCCUCCACCACCUCCAUAACGCCGUCACCAUCACCAUCACCUACUAUGCAAACUGUGCCUUUUCAUCUAGCUGGUCCAGAUCCCACUGAUGGAGACGACACCGGAGAAUGCAGGCUCCUAGGGCCCUUUUCGCUUCUCGUCCAAGCUGCGCUCGGAGCAUUGGCGCUGCUAUCACUUGUCUACAAGCGCUGGCGGGAGAGACCUCAGCGACCAGUGAAGGUGUGGGCGUUUGAUGUCUCGAAGCAAGUCUUUGGGUCCGCAAUGCUGCACCUCGCCAAUCUGCUCAUGUCUAUGUUCUCUGCGGGCCAGCUCGAGAUCCGGAGUAAAUACAAACCGAAUCCAUGCUCCUUCUACAUAUUGAACCUGGGAAUCGAUACCACGCUAGGCAUCCCGAUCCUCAUUUUCAUCCUUCACCUCCUCAACCGCUUAGCUUCGUAUACGCCCCUCGCCAAUCCUCCGGAGUCUAUCGAGUCUGGCAAUUACGGAAGUCCACCGCGCGCCUCAUGGUGGUUCAAGCAAUCGGUGAUAUAUUUCAUGGGACUGCUGGGGAUGAAGAUUUGCGUCUUCUUCCUCAUCCAGCUGCUGCCGUUCAUCGUUAAAGUAGGAGAUUGGGCUCUCCGAUGGACGGAAGGCAACACGGCAGUGCAGAUCAUCUUUGUCAUGCUGCUUUUCCCCGUCAUUAUGAAUGCGAUACAGUAUUACAUCAUCGACACCUUCAUCAAGAAGCCGAUAAUGCUGGAUACUCUCGAAGAGGCGGAGCAUGACACCCACGAACACCGCCAUGCGCUCCUGGCGGGCAUUGAUGAGGACGCAUCGUUCGAGUCGGAGGAUGACUCCGUUGGGAAAGAUGAUGGCCCGGAAACUGUAAAAGAGGACCUAGUCCGGUUCGAGUCCGCCGAAUACAAUCCAGCUCAAGUUGAGCACAGCUCUGCCGCGUCAGUCAGAUCGGGUAGUAGUCACGGCGAGUAUGGCGAUUUGUCAUCGUCCACCAAGCUUACGUCCCAACAUAAGGACUGAUAUGAUCUCCACUCACGUGUGUUAUGUGGCGUUUGGUGAUAUUCUCAGUGAUUGUUCUAUGGGAGUAGUGAUCGGUGCAUUUAGGGUUCUGGCAGGAUGGCGUGUACAUGAUUUUACUUCAGCUGUUUGUAUGUCUUUUUGUUUUGUCUACUGCGCGUUAUACACCAGCAACGCAUACGUAUAGCCUAAAAUAUGAUUAAUUAUAAGGUCGCCU